UGUGUGGAGACCGAAAUACAGAAAUGGGGCUUGUUCUAAACUUACUCCUUAUUUUGAGCUUUUGAUGGRAAGGAAUUAACUCUAAAAGGCCAUCGAACARMURUUUAUUGCUUCUCCUUUACUGCKAAAGUGCUAUAUCGUUUUUGGUCGAAUAUUACGAAGUGAAAACUGCUAUCUCAGUACCCUCUACCGUGCGACCUUUAUGAGGUUAAUGUAGAUACUUCAAGUCUUUUGGAUUUUUUUUCGAUGUUUUUGCGACCUGAGAUUUAGAUUAGGAAGAUGCCGAGGCCAAUGAAUCGAAAGAAAAGGCUCGAUGCUCCUUCAAAGCAAGAAGCAAGGGAGAGAUACGAAAGUGCUCGCAAAGAAAGUGGUGGUGAUGCCAAAUCCGAUCAAGACAACGUGUCUGGCGCUGAGGGCUUCAAAAGAUUGAGAGACAAUUCGGAUAACGAAUCAAGCGAUCUUAGGGAUAAAAUACCUAAAUUAUCAAGAACUAUUGAAGGCAACGAUCAAACAGGUUCCCUUGUUGUUAACAUUGGUAAAGAUUCUGAAGCCAAGUCUCUUGUGGAUCCAUCAUACGGUGACAGGUCUGCUGUAGAGACAUUUGAUUACUCUCAUCGCCUUGGAGACAAUGUCCCCCUUGAAGGAGACACUGAYGAUCUUAGAUCACUCAUUGACAAACAGAGAAAAACAUCUCAAAGUGAAAAGGACUCRAACUCUACAAAAGAUUCCAAAAAAGGCUCUAUUGUCUUUGAUAGUAAAAGAAAAGAUUCAAGAAAGACUUUAUCUUCUUCUGGAAGAAGUGACAAAAGUAAUAAAGGAUCAAGGAAAAGUGAUGAAAGCUCUAAAAAGAAGCAAGGUGGAACUGUUAGCCCCAGUGGCUAUGAACUAGGGAAACCAUUUUUCUCAGGUGGAAGAAAAGGUGAUAAAAAGAAAAGCAAACCAGAGGAGAUGGACAUAGAGGAAACAUUGAAGGAAUUGGCUUAUCUCAGGAGUAUCCAAAUAGGUGCAAAUGCCCUUCCAAAAGAGGAAGAAGAAUACUUYUUAAAAAUGAAUGAUUUGUCCAAGGCAGGCAGUACUAUCAAUCUAGACAACCUUCUCACAGGAAGCAAUGUCAACAAAAAGAAGCAAGAGAAAUCCAAAGGUUCAACAGACCUUAAUCAGAGUGCUUCAAAGUGGGAGAAAGUCAUUGAUAUAGUUUCUGGUAAGACUUCUUCCAAGACUGACAMUGUAGAUGAUGGAACAUAUGGACCAUCCUUACCCCCAAAGGCUCCUACCCCAAAGGCUCUCACCACUACAUCAAAGAAGWCUAGUUCUUCAUCUAAAAGCUCUUCCAAAGACUUCCCUCUACCRGUUAGAGGUGCACGUGGUGGWAGGGCCAGAGGGCGUGGCAUUCGUGGACGAGGGAGGGGCAGGGGCAGAGGCAGAGGACUUGAUGACACAUUUGURCGUGGCAGAGGAAGAGCCAGAGGUUUACGUGGWGGACGAGGUGUCUUUCCAUUAAGAGGAAGGCAUAUAUUUUCAAAUAAAUCAUCAAGCAGAAGACGAAGCAGAAGUAGCUCAAGRAGCAGCAGAAGUAGUUCAAGUUCUCGUAGUAGAAGUCGCAGCAGGAGCCGUGGAAGACGCUCAACCAAGAAGAGACGAAGAAGCUCUAGUAGAAGUAGCUAUUCAUCCAGCUCACGUUCAAGAAGCAGAAGUCGUAGCCGAAGUAAAAGUAGGAAGUCCAGAACAACAAGACGUCGUAGCAGGAGUAGAAGUUCAAGCCGAAGCACAAGUCGCAGUAAAAGUAAAAAAAAUCAGGGACACAGCAAAGAAAGGCYGAGGAGUCGAAGUAAAAGUUCAAGUCGAAGUMGAAGUAGAAAAAGGAAAGACCGUAGUAGAAGUUGGAGUUUUGAUGAAGUUUACACAAACAAAGAUCGGAAAGGUGGCUCUAACAAACAAAAGACCAAGCAGAACAAACCUACUGAUAAAGAUGGCAAAACAGCAGAUUCUAACAACAAAAGGAAUGAUUCAAAAUCAGAUGAUAAAAGUAUCAAAGUUCCCCAAGGAAAAGAUCCAGAAAAGUCUUCCAAAGAGAAGCCAAAAGCUAAUCCUUCUUUGUCGCCUGCUGUAGCAGCUUUGGCUAUUAAAGAACUUAAAGUAGCAGCUGGAUCUGGUGUCUUCUUACCAAGAACAGUGACAAAAACAAUUUCUAAGGGUAUGCAGAUACCCAAAGGGCGUGGUCUCUCUAUUAAGACCCACCCUGUCUUUGAAGCKCAUGAAGAGCCAGAGGAAAGAAUUCAAAAGCCUGAAUCACCRAAAGAAACAGAAGAAGAUAGAGAACAAAGACAUGAGUUUGCUAAAGAAAUUGAUAAAGUGUUCAAUGCAAAGCCUUGGCCUCAAGAGAACAAAGCCAGAGGGAAAUGGACUCCAGUUCUUUCUAUAGAAGAACAGAAAGAAAAAUUAAAAGCUCAAGAAGAAAAGGCCAAGGAAGUAGACAUUCAAGACCAAAUUGAUGUUGAAAUGAAAGUAGAAAGUGAAAACACAAAAGAUAUAUUUGAUGACAAGUCCAAGGAUGAAGACAAGAAAGAACGAAAGGAGAAGAGAAAGAAAGAGAAAGAAGAAAAGAGCAAAAGGAAAAAGGAGAAAAAAGAAAAGAAAGAAAAGAAGAAAAAAGAAAAGGAACUCGAGUCAAGUGGRAUGGAAAAUGCUGCUACUGUUGAAGGUGCUCAAGGUGAUUUCCAGGGGGAGGCAUACAAUGAAUAUGGCCAAACCUAUCAGGAGUACCCUGAGGGUGGUUAUAGUGAAGAAUACCAGCAAGGAUGGUAUGAUGAAAAUGGUGAAUUUCAUCCUAACGAGGAAGGUGAAUAUUACUAUUACUAUGACGCAGAGGGCAAUAUUGUAGGAUACGAAGGACCUGAAGGAUACGUAGAAGGGAACCCAUUUGAGGGCCAGGAAUACGGCACAGAGGGACAAGAAGAAGCAUGGCAGGGUAACCAGGAAUAUCAUGGUGGAUAUGAAGCAGGACAAGAACAGUAUGAAUUCGGUGGUCAARUCCAGGAACCUUACUACAUGGACGAACAAUUCCAAGAACAAGGUGAUACUGGRCAAUGGGAAAAUUAUCAAGGUGAACAGCAAUGGUAUGACGGUGCUGGAGGUGCUUAUCCUGAARUAGCUGAACCAUUAACAGAGGGUCAAUACCCUCAGGAAGGACAUACUUACCAACAAUCUGAAGCARYUGAUCCACAUUCAAUAAACCAAAACGUGACUUCUGGUCCAGAACCAAUGGCUGUUCACGAACAGCCAARUGCUCCUGGAAUUCCAGCUGCUAAUCUGAUAUCUGAACUUGCUGCAAAAGCUAAUCCAACAUUGAUGCUGGAAAUGGCAGCAAGAGGUAUUGGAGAAAAGGAACUAAUUUCGUUUCUUGGUGCACAGCUCACACAGUUUGCCAAAACCCAAGGUUUGCCAUAUGAAGAUCCAGCUAAAGCUAAACCAAUGGAGGCUCCAAUGGAUCUGGGCCCACCAAAACCAGUGAUUCGUGAAGAACAAUCCUCACAACGACAAGAAUCACAUCAAAAGCCAUUAAAGUCAAUCCUAAAGAAAGGAAAUCYAAUUUCUGUAAAGCCACCUAGUAAAGAUGAUAGUYCAUUGAUGAAAACUGAUGAUCAGGAUGUCGGACAAGAAUGUAUUGUCCGCAUUUCAGAACGUGGAGUGGAGCAAUUUUUCUGUAAAUUGUGCAAAUGCCAUAUUGAGUCCCCAAUAGCUAAGGAUCUCCAUAUUAAGAGCAUGAAGCACAUUGAACUAUUUGUUCGUGAAAAAUCGUCACUUCUUCAGUCAGUUAUUGGUAGCAUGCCAGGUGAAAAGGGAUCUAGUGCAUCUGAUAGGGACUCAGAAGAAAGUAGAAACGUAGCAGACAAAAGAGAAAUCGAACGGAAGAAAUCCUGGGAAGAUAAGGAGGAUUCCAGUUGGCACGAUCGCAAGGAAUCCAGGACUGACAGAUAUGGUGAAACUCCAGAAGAUGGCAGAGACGAAAAGAGAGUGAUGGACUACGAUAGGCUGAGACUAAGGGAAUGGCACCUCAGAGAAUCAAGUGGAAAUACUGAACAGGGACAAGAAUCAGAACACAUAACAAGAGAUUAUGGACAUGGAAAAAAAUCGAUAGGAGAACACCAAGAUUAUGACUACCGUCAUGAUUACAGAAGAGAAAGCGAUGAAUAUAGAGGAUCCAUUUAUGAUGACAAGUCAAGGGAGAGGUAUUCAGAUCGAGAUGAAUAUUCUGACUAUCAACGUCCCCAUUCACAUCCUUCAGAAGAUCAUCAGAGAUACAGUGAACGUUUACCCAGAGACUUUGAAAAUGAGCGACAAACAAGAAGGCGAUCAGUAGACCGCGAGAGUGACAGCUCAAGACGAAGUGUUGUGUCUAUGUCAAUAGAAGAUAGUGAGCAUGAGUAUCGAGAAUUCUUUGAAUACAGUGGUCAAUACCCCCUUUAUGACAAUGAAAGAGAUAAUAGGCCACAUCAUAGAUCAGAAUCAAAGGUACAAGAGUAUGGGAACUCGCAGAGAGAUUUAGAGRCCACACGCCAGAGACCACAAGAUAGUAGAAUACGAGAUGCACCUUACAAAGACAGUACUGCCAGGAAGGAUCAGCCUGAUAAGUCAAGACCAACACCUCAKCAAAGCAGGCAAAGGGAAGCUUCCCUUGAGGGCUCAGCUCAGCCAGAGAGACUCRCAGAAAUUGGGAAACCUCRGCAAAGAAUGACUCCACCAAAACAACUCGAAAGUGGUCGAUCAAGCUCUUCUCAUCAAGGCAGAACAGCUUCAAGUAAUAGAUCAGAACCAACCAAACAUAAUCAAAGUGAAAGGCAAGAAGCAAGCAACCAACGCCAAAGACCAGAAUCAUCUGAUAAAGGUARCAGCAAAUCAAUCACAACCAACGAGCGUCAAAAUUCUGCACCAAACAGAAGUGAAAGGCCAUCAUCUGCUGAUAAAAGUGGUCAAAAGAAACCCAUCCAAGACCAAAAGAAAYCCAGGUCAACGGAACAAAAUUUGUCAACACAGGGUACCGGGAAAAAAUCGUCCUACCAGGAGAAAAAUCAGCGGCAACAGAGUCAAAUCAGCAGAAAAGAUCAUACGGACCAAAUUAAAUCAUCCAAUACAGGAAGCAAGACAAAUGUCGGUCAGCAAAGACAGCAGAAGACACCACAACCAUCUCAACAGAAACAGAUUGCUUCAGAACAAAAGCCUCCAGAAAAACCAAAAAUGCCAUCAAAGCCAGAACAAAAGCCUAAUGUUACUCAAAAGACAAAAGAAACUUCUUCUAAGAUUGCAGAAAAGAGUGCUACACCAAUCAAUGCAAAAUCCCUACUUGGACCAGCUCCAGGUCAACCCAUCUCAACUGUGACACCAGGGCAAGCAAGCACAAAACCAAAGCGUGUUCCUCCACCACCGCCUCCUUACAGUCAGGGAGGUGGGCCAAAUGCUAUUGGUGGAAGGGGAUUCUCGCCACGAGGUAGAGGGGUGCAUCCUAACUCAAGUGGUGCUGGAAGAGGAUAUCUACAAAAUCCUAGCAGUCAGUCUGGUGGACAGAAGGCCUUAUCAUCACAAUCGCUGUCAAUGGGAGUAGUAUCCCCACAAAGCAGGGCGCCACCACAAAUGGGUGGGUUCCCACCAUCAAAUAGAGUUCCCUCMAUGGGUGGCCAUCCAACGUCAAACAGAGGCCAUCUGCAUAUGGCUGGGCAACCCCAACCAAAUAGAGGCCUACCACAUAUGAGUGCUCAACCUCCAUCACAACAUGUUGGGGGAAGUCAGCCACCGAGCAGAGGUCCACCCCAAAUGCAGGCAUACUCUCCUCAAGGUGCAAUGGGCCAGGCCCUAGCUGGCUCUUACUAUGGAGGUCCAGGUAGAGCUCAACCAUCACCAUAUGGCCGGGGUGCAAGUCCCCUCAUGCGYGGUUCUCCACAGUUUGCUGGAAGAGCAAGAGGAGGUCGUGGAUAUCACCCUCAACGGUGGUGAUCUAAAAGAAACAUUACAAAAMGACCUGUAUAAAGCAAUAGGCAGAUACACAGAUAUAGAGACUAACCUACUUUUCAUUCAAGAAGAGAUACAAACAUACUGAGUUACAGUUAAAUUUCAUACCGAAGACUAGAAACAAUAGUUUAGUAAAAAAAUGAUGGGAAGUUUGUGUCCUUUUUUUCAUGUGUAUACAUCCUAACUGGAAAUUGUUGGAAAAGCGUUAAUAUAAUAUUUUACAAGACAGUCUUAUUGAUCAGAGAUAGAUGCUUUCAACUUUUUUAAAUUCAUUUUUGCCGUUUUACAAAGCAUACAAUAAACUGUUAAUAGUAACUSUCCUGAUAWUCGGUUGUUKUGCUUUUUUGUUGAUUAUAUGUUGUUGCAGUGCCAUUGUGUAUUAGUGAUUUGUUGUUGUUUGUUUGUAAUAGUCAAGUUUAUAGCAUGUUGAGCAGAACAAGGCAACUAUGUUAAUAAACAGAGCGUUUUCAGUAGCA